AUGCACGAACGAUUAAGAGGAAAUUCGACGAGAAACGAUGGUUCCAUGACCGUAGAAACGCUGUUGGCUCCGGAGGACGCGAGUCGAUACGCGGCCAUCUUGAAUCAAGUACGAAAACUGAUUUCGAACGAUUCUAUAACGGGAGGAAACGCGGAAAAUACGACUCGAGAGGCACUCGGGGCUGGAAAACCGUCGAAAGGCGCUGGGAAUGAAUUUUCGAUGCUGGACGAGCCCGAGGGAGGACAGAGUAAUUCGAGUCCCCCGUCGAGAGAGAAUUCGAGUGAAGUUUCUUCGGGAACGACCGCGGGGAAUAACGGAUACGAGACGAAGUCGUUGAAAAGCGAGAAUCGUCGGGACGGGGAGAAAAUUAAACCGAGCGAGGAGGACUUGUUGGAGGCGGCCAAUUUCGGGCUGGAGGCCAUGAAGAAUUUGUACUUGGUUACGGAACCCACGCUCUACUCGAUGGGUAUUUAUCUCGACUCGGAUAACCCGGCAAGGUACGUAGCAGCGUUCAACGAUCAGACUGAAGAGGCAAGAACACUAGCGCAAUAUGGGUUUGCUGUGCUUCAGGGCGCCACAAUGUUCAAGAAAAAAUUCCCAGGCGCUGCGGGGGAGUUGCUUCUGUCGCGUCGAAGUAAAAACAACCCUCUGCAACGUCAGUGCCCGAACAGGGGGGUUCCCGAUUGUCCACCGGCCAGUCUGAGGUACAGAACGUCCGACGGAAGCUGCAACAAUCUUCGAAACCUCUGGUGGGGAUCCGCCAUGUCCGCCAUGCAAAGAUUUCUGCCAGCGGUGUACGGCGACGGGAUCCAGAGCGUCAGAAGAUCGGUGAGCGGAAGACCGCUUCCUAGUGCGCGACAAGUGACCGCCGUGAUCCACGAGGACAAGGACAUACCUUUAACAUCCAUCACUCACAUGCUGAUGCAGUGGGGCCAGUUCGUGGAUCACGAUAUGACCGCAACUGGGCAGAGCAGAGGGUUCAAUGGCACCGUUCCGCAAUGUUGCCUGAACUUUGGCGCCGGUUUCCAACCGCCGGAAUUUAUGCAUCCUGAGUGCCUACCGAUCGUCGUGAGCUCCCAAGACAGUUUCUUCAGUCCCCUGGGCGUGAAGUGUUUAGAAUUUUUACGAAGCGGUUCCGCCCCCAGCGAGGACUGCAAAUUCGGUCCCAGGGAGCAAUUGUCGCAGGUGACCAGCUAUCUGGACGCUUCGACGGUGUACAGCAGCCACGCUUUUCACACGGACGGUCUGCGAUUGUUCCGUAACGGUUUGCUGCAAUACGGGAAGAUCGAGUCGCAAAGGCCGCUGUUGCCCAGACAGGAUUCCGAUCUCUGCAGGCGGGGAUCGUUGUCGACUAGCUGCUUCAGAGCGGGCGACGGCCGUCUCGGCGAGCAACCGGCCCUGACGUCGUUGCACGUCGUCUUCCUCAGGCUGCACAACAGAUUAGCCACGAAACUUGCCGCGCUGAAUCCUCACUGGGGCGACGAGAAACUGUUCCAGGAGUCUCGGAGGAUCGUAGGCGCCAUUGUCCAGCACAUCACUUAUCGAGAAUUCCUGCCGAUUGUUCUUGGCCAAGACGUGAUGAAAAUAUUUGGACUGGAAGUUCUCAAGAAGGGCUACUACGAAUCGUACGACCCCGCGUUGAAUCCAACAGUUGCGAAUGAAUUCUCCAGCGCAGCCUAUCGCUUCGGUCAUUCCCUGGUGCAGCAUAGCUUUGUCCGGUUCGAUAGCAAUCAUCAACCAAUCUUCAAUAAUGUUACCAUACACAAAGAGUUCAGUAACCCCGCGAACUUAGAAACAGUAGGCUCGGUGGACCGUCUGCUGUUGGGCUUGAUCAAUCAGCCCUCCCAGAAAAGGGACGAGCAUAUAACCGAGGAGUUGACCAACCACCUGUUCCAGACGCCCAGCUUCUCCUUUGGAAUGGACCUAGCCUCCAUCAACAUCCAACGAGGCAGGGAUCACGGUAUACCUCCUUACGUUAAAUGGCGAGAACCUUGUGGCCUGUCGCCGAUAAAGAGCUUCGAGGACCUGGACAGAGUGAUGCCAUCGUCCACGGCUGGAAAAUUCAAACUGGUCUACUCGUUCGUGGAAGACAUCGACCUGUUCACGGCGGGGCUUGCGGAGAAAUCGGUCAGCGGCGGUUUGGUGGGCCCGACCUUCGCUUGUAUCAUCGGCCAGCAGUUCAGCAACCUGCGCAGAGGCGACAGGUUCUGGUACGAGAACUCUGGCCACGGGAACAGCUUCACGGCCGGCCAGUUGCAGCAACUCAGACGCGUCAGCCUGGCCCAAAUACUUUGCACGACCAUGGACGACAUCGAGACCAUACAACCUUUCGUCUUUCUCACCCAGGACACUCUGAGGAAUCAGCGUGUGGCUUGCAACGAUCCGACGAUCGGUCAGUUGAGCUUGGAGUUCUGGGAGGAGGGAUCGUUCGAGAGAUCCAGACUCCUCAGCUUACUGAAGAGGAAAACUACCCAAGCGACUACUCCUAAAAUCACCACUCCCUCAAUCGUCGAGCAGCAGAAAAAGAUAUCUCUAAAAAUGAGUCCAUCGAAGCCAGCCAUCCAUCAGCAAAACAGGAUCGUCGUGAAGAGACCACUGGGUCGUCCAGACAACGUCAGCAUUGUCGUGCAAAAUAACGCUGUGCACGCGCCCAUUUAUGUGAACGACGCUAUUUACGGGUCGGACAUAAAGAUGGAUUCCCCGAUGCGACAAAACAACGAUCCAAAACCAAUUUAUAUCGUCCUCAACAACAGACCCACUCUACAGAAUUCUCUGCAGUCUGUUCCAGCCUUUCCACCUGCGAAACCUCUGCCCACGACGUAUCCGUCAGCAGCUACGUUCACCAGUCGUCCUUACGUUCCUCACGCUUUCAACGAUCCCUACAAUCCAAAUCCUUUGAGUCACAGAUUCCAGCCUGUUCCUCAGUUCGGCGACGUCCUCUUCGAACGACACCCCGCAACCAGUCCUAGGCCAACUUUAUACACCUACUACACGAGUUUCGAAAGAACGACCCAAAGACCUCAACACGAUUCGUCUAAAAUUGUUUACAACACCCUGGGGAAUCAGGAGCUCACUGAUUGGCAGAGGCUGCAACAGCAACAGCAUUUGGUCGAUCAAUUGAACGAUCCAGGCCACUGGAACUCGCAAGGCUACCAACACGGACCUAAUAAUCCGUUGAUCGAUCAUCUGUCGAAGGAUUCUGAUCAAUGGAACUCUCAAAAUGAUAGAUAUGGAUCAGGUGGUAGCUACCAAGGCUCUAGCAGACCUCCUUAUCAACCACAACCGAGUAGAAGGCCUAUUCAGCCUGAUUUUGGUGGAUGGCCAGUGACUCCAGUUUAUCAGAAAGGAUCUGAGAUCACUUACAGACCUCCUACCAGUAUUGUUGAUAAUCCUGACAAUUUGUACUCGAAAAUUCCUCAUGGAGGACCUGUCCUGGCUCAUGAGCUUGAAGUCUCAGGCUACCAAGGCUCUACCAGACCUCCUUAUCAGACCCAAUCGAGUGCAAGGCCUACUCAGCCUGAUUUUGGUGGAUGGCCAGUGACUCCAGUUUAUCAGAAAGUAUCUGAGGUCACUUACAGACCUCCUACCAGUAUUGUUGAUAAUCCUGACAAUUUGUACUCGAAAAUUCCUCAUGGAGGACCUGCCCUGGCUCAUGAGCUUGAAGUCUCAGGCUACCAAGGCUCUACCAGACCUCCUUAUCAGACCCAAUCGAGUAGAAGGCCUACUCAGCCUGAUUUUGGUGGAUGGUCAGUUACUCCAGUUUAUCAGAAAGGAUCUGAUCAUGAACUUGACGUCUCAGGCUACCAAGGCUCUAGCAGACCUCAUACUCAGACUGGCGAUAGGUUUCAUUCGACUCCUCUCGUGUAUGGAGCUACGAGCAGACCAUUUCAAGAUCAACUCCAUACGUCAGCCGAUUCUUAUCAGAAUCACGCGAAACCGUCGAAGGUUCAUAGCGUGACUAUCGUAACGGAAACAACGGAAACGAUGAAUCAAGACAGAAGCAAGAUCGAUGGUAUAGAAAACCAAGUCACCACGGAAGUUCCAAAGCCGUUGGUGUCUUGGAUGAACGAUAACAAGCACAUUAUCAGAAGGCCUGGGCAAUUCUACUACGAAAAGAAUGUGUUACAUAGAUACCCUGAUAAGAUAGACGAUCAGGCCACGACUCGCAGAUACCAUUUGGUAGACCAUGACGUCGAACAAAGGCACAAAGCGAGUGUCAAGGAAUCUGUUGACAAAUCUAUUAUCGAUGAUUCGGCGGUGAACACGAAAGUCGAUAAAAUUGAAAACGGUACGAAGAAUCUGACGAGAAACGAAACGAACGAUGGCGUACAAAGUGAUAACGACGUACGCGAAACUGUCUCGGAAGAGAACGAGAACGUUUCGUCGACAGACAGACGGAACUUUUGGUUGAACGCUGAAGAGGACUCGAGUCUGACGUCGGCUCCGGAGAUGCCAAAAGUUCCAUCGGACGACGCCACGGCUGCCAAGGAAUUACCCAAGCCCAUUAAACGCGGAAGUUAUGCAUCCUAAGUCUCCCUCCAUCUUGUCUCCUCGUCGAUGUUUUAAUUCCCUCGAAUAGGCACGUGGCCUACGGUGUACACAGUUUGAGUU